CACAGAUUUUUCCGUCCGGUUUAAGAUGAGGAGAAGGCGUGUGUCGUCCCCUCGUGCUUGAAGGAUUUAAACACUCACAGCUUGUGUGCACAUCUGCUGCUGCAGCCACGAGUCAAUUCAGUGCAAAGCAGAGCCCAGAUUUGAGAAUGACGGAGGUCCUGAUUUGUCAAUGGCAAUGUGGCGGGGAAUGAGGACAUCUUUAAUUGAGAAGAAGAGCGUGUGGAGUGAAUGAUGGUGGCCUCACAGCAUCAAACUGAAGAGCAGAUAGCCGGCAUGUUUAAUGGAUCAGCGACAAGCUGAGAUGGAUGGAGUACAAGAGCGGAUGCGGGCAUGUGAUUGGCUGCAGCCUCACUGGAGUGGAUGGGAGCGGGAUGCAGGAGGAGAGGUGGCUGCCAGGAAGCUGGGGAGGAUGCGUCUGUCGCCGACUCGAGCGCAACUUGCUGAAGAAAACAUGUUUGGGUCUCACUUUUGACUCUCCUCCUUCUCAUCACCUAUGGAGCAAGCUGCUUUUUAAAUGUAUUUCUUCUCAUAAACCUGCGUCCCGACAGUGGAUGGCCCCCGCUGAGCCCUCCUGCUGCGCCUCUGGGAUGAUGUGACCUCCCCGUUUCUAAAGUGGGGUGAAGAUGCCGGUGAUGAAGGGGCUCCUGGCCCCCCAGAACACAUUCCUGGACAACAUCGCCACUCGCUUCGAUGGCACCCACAGUAACUUCCUAUUAGGCAACGCUCAGGGCCACCGCGGCUACCCCAUCGUCUACUGCUCGGACGGCUUCUGCGAGCUGACGGGCUUUACCCGCACCGAGGUCAUGCAGAAGAACUGCAGCUGCCGCUUCCUGUACGGCGCUGACACCAGCGAGCACGUGGCCCAGCAGAUGGAAAAGGCUCUGGAGGGCCGAGAGGAGUACCAGGGCGAGGUGCAAUUCUUCAGGAAGAACGGUGUAGCCUUCUGGUGUCUUUUGGACAUUGUGCCCAUAAAGAACGAGAAGGGCGAGAUGGUUCUCUUCCUCUUCUCGUUCAAAGACAUAACGGACAGCCACGGGAAAAGUCAUCACAACAGCAGGAGGGAAGUUUCAGAGGACAAGCGGCGCAGGCGGAAGGGCAGCUCUCACCUGAGCGAGGCCAGGAAGCGAGGGCGCACCAUGUUGUACCAGCUCACUAACCACUUCUCCAGCGGGGGCAAAGGGGAGGUCAACCUGGGCAGUAGCAUCAUUGACAAGCCCUCAGUACCGGAGUACAAGGUGGCGGCAGUGCAGAAGUCCCGCUUCAUCCUGCUGCACUACAGUGUGUCCAAAGCGCUGUGGGACUGGCUCAUCCUCCUCGCCACCUUCUACGUGGCCGUCACCGUACCGUACAACGUCAGCUUCACACCGUACCACGACACAGUGACGGCGGCGCGCUCCACUAUCGUGAGCGACAUUGCGGUGGAAAUGCUCUUCAUCAUCGACAUUAUCCUAAAUUUCCGUACCACAUUUGUGAGCCAGUCGGGCCAGGUGGUGUACCAGUCACGCUCAAUUUGCAUUCACUACGCCACGACUUGGUUCUUCGUGGAUUUGGUGGCCGCUCUGCCCUUUGAUUUGCUGUAUGCCUUCAACAUCACAGUGACCUCGCUGGUCCACUUGCUCAAGACGGUACGUUUGCUGAGGCUCCUUCGCCUGCUCCAGAAACUGGACCGCUACUCGCAGUACAGCGCCAUGGUGCUGACUCUCCUCAUGUCUGUGUUCGCCCUGUUGGCGCACUGGAUGGCCUGCAUCUGGUACAUGAUUGGACGCAAGGAGAUCGAGACCAGCGACUCCUGGGACAUAGGAUGGCUCCAUGAGCUGGGCAAACGCCUGGAGAUGCCGUACGUCAACAACACGGUCGGCGGCCCGUCGGUGCGCAGCUCGUACAUCGCCGCCCUCUACUUCACCCUCAGCAGCCUGACCAGCGUCGGCUUUGGCAACGUGUGCGCCAACACGGACGCCGAGAAGAUCUUCUCCAUCUGCACCAUGCUCAUCGGCGCGUUGAUGCACGCCCUGGUCUUCGGGAACGUGACGGCCAUCAUCCAGAGGAUGUACUCGCGGCGCUCGCUUUACCACACGCGCAUGAAGGACCUGAAGGACUUCAUCCGCGUCCAUGGGCUGCCUCAGCAGCUCAAGCAGCGCAUGCUUGAGUACUUCCAGACAACGUGGUCGGUCAACAACGGGAUAGACGCCAACGAGCUCCUCCACGACUUCCCCGACGAGCUGCGGGCCGACAUCGCCAUGCACCUGAACAAAGACAUCCUGCAGCUGCCCGUGUUUAAGGGCGCCAGCCGAGGAUGCCUGCGCUCGCUCUCCCUCCACAUCAAAACCUCCUUCUGUGUCCCCGGGGAGUACCUCAUCCGCCAGGGGGACGCGCUGCACGCCAACUACUUUGUCUGCUCCGGUUCUUUGGAGGUGCUGAAGGACGGCAUGGUGCUGGCCAUACUGGGAAAAGGGGACCUGAUAGGCUCUGACCUUCCUGGAACCGAUCAGGUGAUCAAGACCAACGCCGACGUGAAGGCCCUUACGUACUGCGACCUCCAGUACAUCAGCGUGCGCGGGCUGAGGGAGGUGCUGGACCUUUACCCUGAGUACGCCAGCGUGUUUGCCUCUGACAUCCACAACAACCUGACCUACAACCUCCGGGAGGGCAGCCAAGAUGAGGGCCUCAGCAGGUUUUCAAGAUCGCCAAGGAUCCUCCAUGAACCCAGACUGACUCCUAUUGUUGAAACCAAGAGCGAGGUCCUGGACGACUCCUUCCAUCUUUCGCCGGCCACGCGCUCCCGCCGUAACCUGCUGCUGCCCAGCCUGAGCAGCCCCGUCCGCCGCACGUCCCUUGGCAACCUCCUCGGCGACGAGCUGCGCCAGUUCAACGCCCUGCGACGCUGCCGCUCCCCCAACCUGAGCCGCGGCUUCCACGGUCAAAGUGUGUCGCCUCAGCCGCCCCCGAAGCGGGAGCACGCCGUCUCUCCGGCAGCGUCCGCUUCUUCCCACCGCGAGACGGGGGCCGAGCAGAAGCCAUCGAAGCUGCUUAUCCCCACCGUCACCUGUUUUGGACCCCCUGACCUUAGUCCCAGGGUUGUGGACGGCAUCGAGGACAAUGGACACGCGUUCCAUUUCAAUGUGGAGCACACCGGGCCCAGAGCCAGAACAGGAAGCGCCAGCAGCACCCAAGAUUCCACGCGGGUCAAUUCUCUGCUUCUGGAAACCGAGGAGGUCCGGCAGAGUAUAAGCCAACUCCACCAAAAGGUGGGCACGUUAAACCAGGAAGUAUCGGAGCUCACCCAGGUCCUGCAGCACAUGAUGCAUCUCCUCCAAGCCCACAUGUCCUCCACACAUCAGUACUCCUACCCUCUUAUCCAUCAGAUGGUGCCCAGGGCGCCCUCCUUCAACGCGGGCAGCCACGACUCUCACAGCCUACCAAGUGUGCCCCCCUGUGCCCACUGGGGCCACCACGCCUCCAAGCCUCAUCCAGGGUUAGCCCAGCAUCACAGCUCCAGCUUGACCACGCCCCCUUGGACCGGCCCCUCCCUUCUUAGCACCAGAGGAGGUUUCCCAGGUGACAGCCCAAGCCUUGUACCUAACUCCGGACAUGCAGACCCCCUGGGCAGACCUCUCAGUGCGAGCCCGACCACCAUCAGUCAGUCCCAGCCCACUUUGUGCCUGCAGCCCCCCGCCGACGGCGACGAACGUUUUUGUUUUCGUACGAACUCAUCCACAGACAACCUCCUCGCUCCAUCCGCCACUUCUUCUUACCCUCUUCUCAACCUGCACACGCAUUCCCGUCCCAGUCCAGGCCAAACCCCACACGAGGACACGCGAGCGGAAGUCUCGCAUCUCCCUUUACUCCCGGAUUCCACCCCCUUCGUGGAACACGCCAGUCUGGAGUGCCUACUGGGGACUGGCAGGGACGUUGGGACGUCGCCAAGGCCCGGCAUCAGUGUCCAGACGCCGAGCACGGAUCACUCCUGAUGCCUGGACCUCACAUCAUACACAUCAGUUCAUACAGCUUCUAACAGUGUUUGGGAAUAAGCUUGCAGACCCCCUGAAGCCCACUUACGAUACAGUAAGUCCCCCAGGAUCUCAUGUUUGUCCAACUUCAUGCAGUAUUAGGGACACACACACACACACACCUAAAAAGGCUACUUCUAGGAGAACAAUGACAUUAUUACCACAUAAAUAUUUACAUUGCUGACAGUAAAGUAGUUAUAUUAUGAGAGUUAAAUGAGUAAAGACAUAAUAUCGCAAGAAAAAAAUGGUAAUUUAAAAGAAAGUUCAUAUAUUAAGGGGAAAAAAACUAAAAUUGUAAAGUAAGAAAACUGGUUUAAAUUUUAAAAUAGUUGCAAUAAUAUAAAAAGUUUGAUUUAACAAGAGUAACGUUUUUAUAGUAUGUGGAAAAAAGUACUUUUGCAAGAAUGUCAUUAUUUUGGACAAUAAAGUAGUAUUAGAAAAAACGUUUGUAAUGUUACAAGACUAAAGUCAGAAUUUUACAAGAAUAAUGUUGUAGCAUUAAGAGAAAAACUCAGUUUCUGAGAAUAAAGUGGUAAUAUCACGACAAAAAAAGGUGUCAUUUUACAAGAAAAAUGUCAGAAUAUUAUAUGACAAAAACUAAUAAUAUUACAAGGAUAAAGUCAUAAUUUUACAAAAAUAAUCUUGUAGUACUAUUAUAAAGAUUCAUAAUUUUCCGAGAAUAAAGUAGUAAUAUCACGACAAAAAAGGUGUCAUUUUACAAGAAAAAUGUGAGAAUAUUAUAUGACAAAAACUAAGAAUUUUACAAGAAUAAUGUCAUAAUUUGACAAGAAUAAUCUUGUACUAUUUACUAUUAUAAAGAUUCAUAAUUUUCCGAGAAUAAUGUGGUAAUAUUAAGAGAAAAAAGGUGUCAUUUUACAAGGAAAAUGUCAGAAUAUGAUAUGAUCAAAAACUAAGAAUUUUACAAGACUAAAGUCAUAAUUUUACAAGAAUAAUCUUGUAGUACUAUUAGAAAGAUUCAUAAUUUUCCGAGAAUAAAGUGGUAAUAUUAAGACAAAAAAAUGUGUCAUUUUACAAGAAAAAUGUCAGAAUAUUAUAUGACAAAAACUAAUAAUUUUACAAGAAUAAAGUCCUAAUUUUACAAGAAUAAUCUUGUAGUACUAUUAGAAAAAAUCAUAAUUUUUCGAGAAUAAAGUGGUAAUAUCACAACAAAAAAAUUUGUAAUUUUACAAGAAAAAUGUGAGAAUAUUAUAUGACAAAAACUAAGAAUUUUACAAGAAUAAUGUCAUAAUUUGACAAGAAUAAUCUUGUACUAUUUACUAUUAUAAAGAUUCAUAAUUUUCCGAGAAUAAUGUGGUAAUAUUAAGAGGAAAAAAAGGUGUCAUUUUACAAGAAAAAUGUCAGAAUAUUAUAUGACCAAAAACUAAUAAUUUGGCAAGACUAAAGUCAUAAUUUUAAAAGAAUAAUCUUGUAGUACUAUUAGAAAGAUUCAUAAUUUUCCGAGAUUAAAGUGGUAAUAUUAAGACAAAAAAGGAGUAAUUUUACAAGAAAAAUGUCAUAAUAUUAUAUGACAAAAAACUAAUAAUUUUACAAGACUAAAGUCAUAAUAUUAAAAGAAUAAUCUUGUAGUACUAUUAGAAAGAUUCAUAAUUUUCCGAGAAUAAAGUCGUAAUAUUAAGACCAAAAAAGGUGUAUUUUUACAAGAAAAAUGUCUGAAUAUUAUGUCAAAAAAAACAACCUGAUAAUUCUACAAGAAUAAAAUCAUCAUCUUAAUGUUGUAGUAUUAUGAAAAAUCUCAUAAUUUACGGAGAAUAAAAUGGUAACAAGAUGAAGGUCACAAUUUUACAGGAAUAAAGUUGAGUAAAACUGUUAACAGGAAACAGGAAAAAAGUAGUAAUUUUUUACACAAAUAAAGUCAGAAUAUUUUGAGAAAAAAAUUGAUACAAAAACAAUAAAAAUAACUUUGAGGUAAUAUUAGAAAAUGUUGGUGAUUUUUUACAAAUAUAAACUUGUUGACAAAGUUACAUAAUUUUAUGAUAAAUAAGUCCGAAUAGUAUGAGGAAAAAAGGUUAUUUUAUUACAUUAAUAAAGUUUUAGUUACAUGAGGAAAACUUGGGAAUAUUUAGAGAAAAAAAAGUAAUUAUUUUUCACCCAUAAAGUUAGAAUAUUAUAAGAACACAAAACAUUUUCCCUUUAAAAACAUAACAUGAUGUUUUUCAUAUUAGAUAUGUGUGUGACCCUAAUACUCCUCCUGUGUAGUUUUGAGCAUUUCUAUGCAAAAGGCAUGUUGUUUUUUGUGCAUUAUCUCAACUUUUACCGACUCGUGUCUAAACUUUAGCAUAUUUAGCGUGUUACCUCCUUGCAUGGUAAAAUAUUCUUUUUCCUAAGGAAAAGGUUUGCAAAAAUCAAUGUGUAAGCAUUCUAGACGACAAGCUCAGAUGAUUGUGUGUUCAUGCAACACAGCGUACAUGUUUAUCGGAUUCGUAAAGUGACUGAAUCAUGAAUUCAAUAAAACCCAACCAAGGCAAAUUAGAUCACUUUCAUUUCCAAAACUCUCAAUGCCUCUUUUUGUGCAGCAAAAAAAGAAAGUGCCACAUGUUGUGUGCUUUCGUGGAAAAAGCUCAAAAAUGCUAAAUCUUUGAGUUAUCCCUUUUAAAGAGCAAAAGUGUCAUGACUGACUCAAGCUGAUUAUAUAAGCCAACAUUUCAUCUAUUUGUUGCCUAAAUCCAAGUUGUUUUGAUUUAUUGAAGCAGCGUCACACACUAUAUUACAUUAUUUUUAAAGUUCUACAGUUCAGGAAGCUUGAGAAUUGUUUGUUUACACAGUGUGGACCACACUGUGAUUUUUUGCUUGCAUUUAUUGUGUAAUAAUGUGACCUUUCCUCACUCACCAAGUUAAUGAUAAACUUGAUUUUAUCCAGUAAUAUUAACUUAUUGAUUGAUAUAAAGAAGAGCCAGCUAGGGGCUUCACAUCCAGAAUACACUUUCAGACCAACAACAUCUUUAAGACUCGUGUCAUCAAGCAACAUGAAGACUGUCGUACUUGCUCUACUGGUCGUUUUGGUUUUCAGUCAGGUUUGAAAAAGCUCCAGGGAGCCACUAAGAUGGAGCUAAAGAGCCGUAUGCAGCUCUAGAGCCGCAGGUUGCUGACCCCCCGGUUAAAUCAACCAGAGAGGUGAAGCCCUGAGGUGUAACUGGAGGUCAGCGUUAUUGUUCCCAAGGAAACGUGGAGACCUGCUUCGUCCCAGCUGACACGUGUUAUUGUUCAUUUUCAUGGUUCCUCUUCCAUCCACUCUAAGGGCUGCAUGACAAUGGCCGAGUGCCGGAGAAUGAAUCGACCUGGCGUCGCCGUUACCUGUUGCACCUCUGACCUGUGCAACUGACCAAUUGACACCUGACAUCUACACAUCAAUAAAUAGAUGGAUGUUUACAA